AGACCAGUUUCUUCAUAUGAGAAACUUGGAAGUAUUGGAGAGGGGACAUAUGGAAUAGUUUAUAAAGGUAGGGAUAAAGAAAGUGGAAGGAUUGUUGCAUUAAAAAAAGUAAAGAUGGAGCAAGAAAAGGAUGGAAUGCCACUUACAUCAUUAAGAGAAAUUCAAUUAUUAAAGGAAUUAAAAUAUCAUCCAAAUAUUGUAAAUCUAAUAGAAGUUGUUGUAGGUUCAAGAGAAGAUAAAUUAUAUUUGGUUUUUGAAUAUUUGGAAAAUGAUGUCGCCACUUUAAUUGAUAAUAUCAAUAAACCUUUCAAACUUUCAGAGAUUAAAUGCUUCCUAUUACAACUUUUAAGAGCUGUUGAAUUUUUACAUUCACACUGGAUUAUUCACAGAGAUAUAAAGUGUUCAAAUUUAUUAUAUGGAAAUGGGUCAUUAAAACUCGCUGAUUUUGGACUUUCAAGAAAAUAUGGUUAUCCAAUUCAAUCCAUAACACCAAAUGUUGUAACUUUAUGGUACAGAUCACCAGAACUACUAUUAGGUCUUGAAAAGUAUUCCACCGCUGUAGAUUUAUGGUCAGUUGGUUGUAUUUUUGGCGAGCUUUGUAUUGGUAGGCCAUUAAUUGCCGGUAGUAAUGAUAUUGAUCAGAUCACAAGAAUGUUCCGUCUCUUAGGCUCACCCAACGAUUCAAUUUGGCCAGAUUAUUCAAAUAUACCAAAUGCCAAACUUUUAAACAUACCCUAUCAACCCUAUAGCAAUAUAAAAGAAAGAGUACCAAAUUUGUCAAUGAAUGGUUAUAAUUUGUUAAAUAAGUUGCUAACCUUUGACCCCAAUAAAAGAAUUAGUGCCUCUGAAGCUUUAAAACAUCCAUUCUUUUUUGAAAGUCCAUUUCCUCAAUCAAUAGAUAUGAUGCCAAAUUUCCCU